AUGGGAGGAGCCGUAACCAGACGCGUCGUGAAGUACGUCCGUAGGGUGACGGGCUGUCGUCUUUGGGAUCUUUCUCAUCGGCAGCAAGCAGUGAUCCUCGGGUCCAGGCUGGGCUUGGAUAUUUGCAUCGACGAUGAGGGUAAGGUGGUGAAUGGGCGAGUGACGCUAUCUCCGGAUGGCAUAUUGCCGCGCCAGGAAAGAAACAUUGACGGAAUGGGAUUUCGUAUCUCGUCGGCACCCCUGCUCCUCUAUAUCUGGUACCACCGCCCUUGGGCACGUGACACUAUCGAGGAAGCUGCAUGCUCGGGCAGUGAGGCGUCCAGAGGUGGCACGGGUGGAACCGACGAUCCAUACUUGGGCGAAAUAAUGGCAGGCUCGAUUACCAUGGAACGGGUGACGAGUGAAGUGGUAUCAGAAAAGCUGGAUAAGCACUGUAGAGUGCCUCAUUACUCGUUGUUUGUGACGCGAUACGUUUAUGGUGGUGCAGUCCCCAAAUUCUGGUUCAACGCUCCGGACGGCGCUGUCCUGCAGAUGCUGUAUUACCUCACUAGGCAGAUAUGCGUACAUUACCGUAUGGCCCCUGCCCCAGGUUACCUCACUACUUUGGAUAAGCCGAGAGAGGCACCUUACCUAAUAUGCCCUGGGCGCCUGAAUUGGUGGGGGAAGAAGCCGCCGUUGGUUCUUUCCGGGCGGUCCCAGCAGGAUGGCUCUGACUUUUGGUUGGUCCCAACAGGAAGGAAGGUGUGUAAGCCUCCCGGCGAUCCGCACAAGGACCUUCUUGUCUUUCUUUCCUUGGACGCCAACCAAAACGCUCGAGGCACCAUGGCACCUGCCACCCACACGCCAACCCCUGUACGGAGCGAGGUACUUACUUUUGCAUCGGCAACUCAGAAACAGUGUCUUUUCUUCACCAACUUCUGGUGUUGGCACCUUGAGCCCGACACGGCGAGUUCGCAUUUGUACCCGGACCGAGUACUCGUCAAUACCUUGGUUACUUUGGGAGUGCCCGAAGCAUCGUCCCUGUUCCAGAGUACUAGUAUCAUCUGCCUCCGUUUCCGCAUCCGCGUCCGCACCCGCUCUACCGCACCUGUGAUAAACCCGGCAGAGGAGGAAAUAGGACGGACCCAGCCCAGGACCCAGGGCUGCAGACCCCGGUGCCGACCUCCUUUCGUUGCGAAGGCCAGCCGUCUUGCUCUGUAUCUAAUCCCUGCUCCGCCUGUGGAGAGAAUGGAAGGCAAAGAAAGGCAAGGAAUCCCCCGGUUGCUUAGGUACCAAGUAUCUCACCUUGGCUGUUGCGGCGUGCCGUUGAUGUUGGCGCACGUUCCCAAGGCAGGGUACCUGACCAUAUGCCUACUUGUCGCCUGGGUAGCCAAUCAGACCCUUGGGUCUCUCCAGAUCUCGCAUUGCCGGCCACAUUCGGCAGGUGGUUCUUGCAGCUGGAUGGGGUCGGGGGAUACGCUUGUUGACAACCGUCACCUCAGCACUGACAUGUCGGUCGGCGAUGGAAAAAGAAAGCUGCUCCUUUCAAUCCCACUCGUUGCUGCCUUACUUUUGGUCCAGAUUGGGCCCAUGAACAUGCGUACGGAUACCUCCUGCAUGCACUGCCAUACGAGUAUCCAUACAGGCAGAGUGCAGCUUGGAGACAAGAUGCUACUCUCGCCAAGUAUGGACAGAAUAGGAAAACGCAACGAUCACGGCUGCAAGACACUCACUCGUCCCCUCCCUGGCACUCUCACUCCGUACGAACACACCUUGUAUACUGAAAACGAGAAUUCAGAACGAGGCAGGGCGCGGUGUAGGAGAAACAUGCAGUCCUUGGCUUUCUUGGCUACCUUCUCCCACUUUGGCUUGCUGGAUACCUAUCCCACUGCUUUGCGCUAUCAGACGUUGCGCAAAUAA